AUGGAGACGGAGUCCCGGGCGCAGACAACAAAUCAAACACAGACAGAUUCAUUAUCUCCAUCCCCCAAUCCUGUAUCACCUGUGCCUUUGAAUAACCAAACGAGUGCCCCGAGAUACGGAACCGUGAUCCCUAACCGCAUCUUCGUAGGAGGAAUUGACUUUAAGACAAAUGAAAAUGAUUUAAGAAAAUUUUUUUCCCAGUAUGGGUCUGUAAAAGAAGUGAAGAUUGUUAAUGACAGAGCCGGAGUAUCCAAAGGGUAUGGUUUCAUCACUUUUGAGACUCAAGAAGAUGCACAAAAAAUCUUACAAGAGGCUGAAAAACUUAAUUACAAAGAUAAGAAACUGAACAUUGGUCCAGCAAUAAGAAAACAACAAAUAGGGAUUCCUCGUUCCAGUAUAAUGCCUGCUGCUGGAACGAUGUACCUGACCACGUCGACUGGAUACCCUUACACUUACCACAACGGCGUGGCUUACUUCCAUACUCCAGAGGUCACUUCUGUCCCACCGUCUUGGCCUUCACGGUCCAUAUCUAGUUCUCCCGUGAUGGUAGCUCAGCCAGUUUAUCAGCAACCUGCAUAUCACUACCAGGCCCCGGCACAGUGUUUACCAGGGCAGUGGCAGUGGGGGGUUCCCCAGUCCCCUGCCUCUUCUGCUCCAUUCUUAUAUCUGCAGCCGUCCGAGGUUAUUUAUCAGCCGGUAGAAAUCGCACAAGAUGGUGGCUGUGUCCCUCCUCCACUGUCUCUGAUGGAAGCUUCCGUCCCAGAGCCAUACUCUGACCAUGGAGUCCAAGCAGCAUACCACCAGGUCUAUGCUUCCAGCGCCAUUAUGCCUGCACCUGUGAUGCAGCCUGAGCCAAUUAAAGAACCAAGGUUACAUUCUGUGAGAAGAAGCUUUUCCCAUCCUUCAUCUGUGGCUUUGAAACCUCGAUACUCUCGAAGCCCACAUUUUCAUCCUAGAAAAGAUUUCAGAGCAGAGGAUUCAGUUUCCACUCCACCUUCCUGUACUGAUUUUGUUAAGUAGACUCUUGGAUAACUGUUUUGUCCAGAAUAGAAAAUAGCUAGGCUUCUAUGUGGUCUGGUAACAAAUGAGGUUUGGGAUAUGCUUAAAGUUAAAUGUUUUUUGGUUUUUUGGUUUUUUUUUUUUUUUAGAGAAUUUUUAAAAUCUUAGUAGCCAGAAUAUGGGAGAUGCAGAGCUAAAUCAUGGUUUCCUCAUUAACUGAGACACUUAGGUAAUACAGAGUUGUAAGCCAUGACAAGCGGCGGUCUCUGUGAGACGCCUGUCUUCCAGCUCAUAGUCUGGCUGGCCUCACAGCUCGAUCUCCAUACAUAACCACUCAGAGUCCAUUCCAUAAGUUCCAGAUUCGCAGACAGAUCGAUGCAUAUAUAAAAACCCUUAGCAGCAGGCCGUGUCUGUAAUAUGGUGUAAUUUUUAAACUCCGCCUUGUGAGGUGAAGCACAAAUCCUAGUUCUCACACUGUUCUGGUUCACUAAUUGUGUGUACUUUAGCUAAAACAAAACAUUCCAACUCGACUUACUUACAGAUUUUACACACAUUGAUAUAAAAACCUGUGUUAUAAAAUAUAAAAUAUCCACUAAUCUGCCAUAUUAUGGCCACUUACUGUGUAGUGGUUACUAUGACCAAAAUGACACUGUCCUUAAAUGUUCUUUAAAAUGAUCUAUUUCUGGCCCUCUUCCAUCAUUCAUACAUGAAGUAGAAUUGUUCACGGGGCACAGCACCUUAGGGAAUAUAAGUAUUCAUAAUUACAUCAUGUCAGAUUUGAUACUGUCAGUGUUUUAUCUUUCAUUCAUUUGGUUGUGAGGCUUAUAGGCUCUUAAAACAUAAGAAUUUACCCAUAAUACAAUUUUAUAUUUAAAUAAAAAGAAACUAUGAUUGCCUGCUGGUGUGGAAUGAGAGAAGUUUCUAAAAUUAAAAAAUAUGCCACAAUAAUUAAAAUUUUAAAUUAAAAAAUUACUAUCUUUUAAGUCAGUGCUGUUUACCAAAUGUAACUUGUUUUAAAAAAUUAUUCCUUUGAUAGAAGCAAGCUAUUAGUAAAACAAUAAAAUUAUAUAAAUCAGCAGUAUUUUAAUUGACUACAUGGAAAUUUAUAACUUUAGCACAAUACUCCUAAGAAAUGCUAGAAUUUCAGUACUUUAAAUGUAUAUCUACUCCAAGAAUUAAUACUGUCUUGUACUUCUGCUGGGAAAGAGUAAGAAUUAUAAAUAAAAAGCUCUUGUAAUAUCAGAUAUCUUAUAAUAUCAAAAGUUCUUAUAAUACCCAAUAAUAACUUGAAAAACUUUUUUAUUCUGUCUCGUAAAGGAUGAUGAAUAUACUCAUGGAUGUACAUAUAUAUUUGUGGUAUGUAAUUUAAUAUUUCUGGGCUAAAGUACAUAUGUCUGAAUAAAAUGUAAUGGUAUUGUUUAGUAGAUAGUAUCUUCAUACAUCCUAAGGCUUUCCAUCUUUUUAAGACUAUUUUCUUUUGCUAGUGUUAGACAGUAACAUGCUAUAUAUAUUGUUACCAGAGCCCUAGCCAAAAUAUCAUGAUACAAUAUAUUUAAUACUCAUCUUACCUGUUUUCAGUAUAUAUUUUAAUCCCAUAUUUAUUAUUCAAUGAAUAUUAUUCAGUGAAUAGCAGGCAUUUUUCCAAAAGCCUAAGAGUAAUUGUAUUUUGCAUUUUAAAAAAAUUGAAAGUGAAAUGUUUUGUUAACCAGUUUAGUUCAGACAAUUAUGAUCUCCUAAAAUAUUCUGUGCUCCCGCAUCAUCUUCACUCAAUUCUGUAAAGAUUAUAUGUUAUUAUAUUUCUCUCUGUACACUAUAAAGUGUAAAAUGGAGGUAACAUGAAAAUAUAUUCAUGUAAUCUCAAAAGAUACUAUAUGCUUAAGUUGUUAAUACCUUGCUUAUUUACAAAUUAGCAAAAGUAAUUUUAAAAACUAUGAAAUAUCAGUGUUUAAGCUUUCCACUUUCAAGAUCUUUUUAUUGUUCUGAAACACCGCUGCAUUAGCUAAAGGAGAUGUCUAGUCAGCAUAAGCAGUGCUGCCAAAGUACGUCCUCUUCCUUUGGGAUUUGGGGAUAGAAGACUAACUUCAUCCAUUAACAAUUGAGGUGAAAUUUAAUACAGUGUGUUCCUUGCUAAUCAUAUUAGGAUCUGUUUUCAGCACCAAAACAGACGAGGCUGCACUAUCUACUCCCAUAACACUAACAACAUACAAAAGUACACAGAUUUCUUAAAGAUAAGCAUAAGCUCUCUCCCUUUGUAAAAAGGCAGGUGCUGAUUAGUAAAGUUAACAGGAGUACUGUUCUUCUAGACUGGGAACUGCUGCUGGUUAAAGAAGAGUGAACAUACACGCAGCAGAGCCCCGUGUCCUGGCUACAUAUAUACUAUGUACAGAGUUUGCUUUAACUGUUGAGCUCAGACAUACAUACCUUUACAUACUGAAUACUUACACUUCUACCUCAGCAAACUUAGCAGUGAGGGUUCUCAAUAACUUGGUGUAACCUGACUAGCCCCCUCUCAUUGCUUGGUUUUAAGUAGCGAUUUUCACUAUUACUCCUGUCUGUCCGUCUGAAAUCCCAAAAUUAAAAUGAAGGUUUCUUGGCCUUUCUAGUUGACAAGGAUUUUACAACAUUUGAUUUCUUAAAGUAUAUUUUACAUGAGAGCUGAGACCUAUAUAAAGAUGGCUUCACCCCACUUUGACAUGAAACUCGUGUCUACAAAAUAGCUACAUUCCUUUCAAAAUGUAAAGUUGAACACUCAGUAUUUCUUUUUGCAGUUCAAAAUAGUUUCUAGUUGAAAGAGAUAACAUCUUGACUAUGUUAUGAAAUAAAAACUUAUCAAGACUUAUCUAGUAGGUGGCAUUUAGAUAAUGGGUAAUAACCACAGCCAAAAGGACCUGGUUUCUGCAGUCUUUUUAGGGAAGUUGUCAUAAGAAUAGAUGUCAUAGUUUAAACUGUUAGUAAGCAGAUAAAUCUUAUUAAUAUGUUCACUUGUAUUAAAUUGUACAUAUGAAAUUAAAAAAGUUCCAGUGUUUGUGGCCUCUACUAAAUUCUCUAGCGUUGUUACUACAAUAGUUAAUUCAAAUAAAAAUUAAUAGUGAUGUUUGUCCAAACAAAUGUGUAACGUAUUAAUUAGGAAUAGUAUGUCAUUUUGAAAUACUUAGCCUAACAACUUUAUAACAUCAUAUUUUCAUUUUCAGCAUAGCUUCUUAAACUUUCUCCCUUUGUGACCCCCUUUUUAUCCAAGAAAUUCCUAUGACUCUAGUAUAUACAUAAUAGAAUGUAUACAAGCCAAACAUUCACUGAUGGUAAGUCAAUAUUUCCACAGCCCUUUGGUACACAUAUAACCUUACCAUUUAUUAAAGCCUGAAGCAAAGGUGUAUACUAAAAUGAACGUCCUUACUUAUCUUUACAUAAAGAAUUUAGUCAACAAGAUGUCUCUGUGUAACCCUGGCAAUCUGAAUUCAAUCUUGAGAAGCCCUGGAGAGGUCCAGCUUCGCAGGUUCUCACCUACUAUGUACAGACAUGCCAUCACAUGUGACAGGACACAUCAUGCACACACACAGGCAGUAGAAAUGUCUACAUCUUUAGGAGUGCAGUCUUGGCUGAAUGGCUGAGAGUAGAAGAUAGAAGCUUCAGACUGUAAAACCAAUACUGAGAAUGCUACUCCAUAGAAAUACAUAAUGCAGCAUGGCAGAACGCUUAAAUUACAUCAGAAAUGCUGGAAAUCUGACCUAAUCCAUAACCGAAAUUCAUUGUAUUUAUUUUUGGUUUUGAUUUUCAAGACAGGGUUUC